GAAGAUGGGCUGCAUCGACAGUGCCGGACAUGAGCAGAGUAUCCAGAACAGUCUGCGCACGGUGAAAGUCAUUAACCGUCUCUUUUACUCCGAGGUCUCGCAGAAGGGAAGCAACCUCUUCGAGGAUUCUCGUCUGGGAUGUGCUGCGGUUCCGCACUGGUCGUAGUCCUCCAAUCAGAUCUGCAGUUUCCGUGUUCAAGUGGCAAUUGACAGUGUAUAAGCGCUUCGAGACG